UGUGGGUGUAACAGGUGCUACACAUGUUAGUGGUAGGGCAGCUGGACCAUAAGAUCGGUAAGCCGUGUAACAGUGUGUUAAAUAGUGCUGGAAACAAUACAUUUUAAGAUACACCGUUGAAGCCAACCAUUGACCGUCUGACAUCGCUGACAGUGUCGUCUGACAUCGCUGACAGUGUCAUCUGACAACCUUGGCAGAAGGCUCAUAGUGGUCGCGCGGUAAGAACAUUUUUAAAUUUUAUUUUUCUGUGCCUUGGGCAGACGUGUCUCAUUAGUCACGUGCAAAUUGUAAAUAUAUCUUCCCACUUUAACAAUUACCCAUACAUCUGCGUACCUUUCAAUUUAAUUCUAUUUUUUAUUUACCUCAAAGAUGUUUUUCUCCAAGUCGCAGAUUAAUUUAUAUAUAUAUAUAUAUAUAUAUAUAUAUUGAAGCUUGUUUUUUUAAAAUGUUAGUCAUAGUUUGAUUACAAUACUAUUAACUUUAUAUAGGCACUUAACAUAUUUUGUGUGUGCUGAAUCUAGCAAUUAAUUUUUUUUUUAUUGAACAGCUGCGUGUUUAAUUAUGUAUGCAAAAGUCUAACGCGAAGUAAGUGUAGAGAUGAAAGCAUAUGGACAAAGUAUUGGCCCUUGCCCACAGGUCUAUGGGAUGUAAUGUGACAAAUUGAGUAACACAUUAAGUAACAGAUCCUAGAUUGAUAGUUUGGCUAUCGAUAUGCUAGUAUACUCUUACAGAACUAAAUAUUUGUAUACUAGCGGAUAUGACCCGGUGUUACCGGUGUUACUGGGAAAAUAUGCGAUUUGCGAUACUUUCUACCCGCAAUUGCGAAGUCUCAACAUAUAACAAUCACAUUUUCACGUUUAUAACUGAAUCAGGUUUUGAUGUUUUUCUUUAACAAAAAAAAAAAAAAGGCACGGUUGUGAUUGAUGAUUGACUGGAAAAAAACAUUUUUUUUUUGUUACUACUGUUAGAGCCAAAAUUAUUUAACUAAUGUUUUGGAGUAAAGGACCUCUACCUCAGAACCUGUUAAAAUCGAGUCAAUAUCUCAUUUUUUUUUUAUCGCGGAGAUGCGGAUGGUAUACAUUUAUUGUCAUCGAGAUGGGGGUGCGGAAAAUGUUUUGAGAUCAAGAGUUGUUUCAAAGCUGCAAGAAGUUUAAGAACCUCCGUCUUAAUCGAAUGAAACCUGGAUACUGUUAUAAAAAGAUGCCGAAAUAAAUUGCAUGUCUUACAAAAUUGACCAAUAGCUCAGAUGAAGUUUUCAAGAGAUGAUUAACGAAACUCAAACAAUUUGAGGAAAUAAAACAAUAUAGGUUAAGCUUAGUUUAUGGUUACAUAGAAUACAAAUGCAAACGUUUCGGAAAAUAUUUUCAUCGGUACAACAAAAAAUUCAUGUAAGCCUAAAAUAAAUUUACAUUAUAUAUAUAUAAUAUAUAUAUAUAUAUAUAUGUAUGUAUCCUAACUAAAAAUCGAGAGAUAAAGGCGUGGCUUUCAAUCUGCACCUCCCAGUGUUCCUCAAAAGUCUGAUCCUUUCGUGGAGUUUUCAGCUGCAAUUUCCGAAGGGUGAACUGCGAAGGCUGUUGUUUAACGUCUUCUCAAUUGGAACUUGUUUCAGCGGACUCCUUAGUCGAAAGCAAAGGCACCAGACAGAACAAUCUUCCAUUUCCUAGUCGAAAGCAGAGGCACCAGACAUAAAGUCUUCCAUUUCCUAGUUGAAAGCAAAGGCACCAGACAGAACAGUCUUCCAUUUCCUAGUUGAAAGCAAAGGCACCAGACAGAACAAUCUUCCAUUUCCUAGUUGAAAGAAAAGGCACCAGACAGAACAAUCUUCCAUUUCGUAGUUGAAAGCAAAGGCGCCAGCCAGAACAUGGUUUCACCCCCUAGUUGAAAGCAUUAGGCCUCAGCUUGUGAUAAGAAUAGAUAGGGACAGAGCCAGAAGAAUCGACUGGGGAAGAGCCAGAGAUAAAACUAAAAGACGCUCAAGACAGUUACAAGCAACGGUGACUUACACAUGCAAAUAAUAAAUUUUUCAAGAUAGAUUUGCUUUGCACAAAAAAGCCAACGAGUCAUGACACCAUUUGGCUCAUAAAGCUGAGCCACAAACAAGACAGUAAAAUGGUUGACAGACAAAUCUACAAAUCGAAAAAAGUAGUCACAUUAUUACGGAAUCAGUUACAUUUUUAAGUUUCCGCAUUUACAUUGGGGGGUGGGGGGAAACAACCAACAAGAGAGUUCAGUGUUAGGCGAUGUCAUUACAUUACCUUAUGUUUCAUCCCGUGCUUAAAGUGAUUAACUGUUCCUAUAUUCUCCCAUGUUAUUUACCCCCAUGAACAGAGUAAUAAUGUAAAUGGUCUCUGUAACGGGUCCUCUAAUUUCACUGUCAGUUAUAUACACGAUUAGACAAUAACCGGGACACUUGGCGAACAAAAAAUUCAUGGGGACAGCUGGGCAGUGGGGCGAGAAUCAGCCUAUGAUAGACAUGACAAAACUAUUUUGUUGUAAGUUUGUGAGAUCAAUGUAUAAAAGCCACGCAGAACUUUCAAUGUCCUCUCAUCUCCUCCUUCGCUCGGCCCUGAGUAUAUAGAAGGCUGGGGGGCCUCAGUGCAUUACUGUGCCCAGGGCCUGCGCUGCUGUAAAGACGGGCCUGCGCUCAUUAUAGGCCUACUUUUCAUACAUGUAUUUCUUGUGGGGAAUACGGUACAAACCAAACACACAGACAGUGACGUCAUAGCUAGACUAUGAUGAUGCCACUUGUCUUUGAAGAUAAAAAAACAAGAACGGAAUUUAAAAAAAUGGAUAUAAUUUGUAGUUGAGGGGGAUAGGCAGGAGUGUGGGAGGGGAGAAGAUAUGACAAUCGCCCCAAUCUAUAACACUAUUGUAUUGUGGGGGAGAAAGGACAAAGGAUUAUCGUUUUUUUUUUUUUUUUAAAGUACAUACCGGUAUCUGCAAUUAAGAAACUACACUCAUACCUUAUACAAAAGGAGAUGGAUGCUGAAUUAGUAGGUACCACAUUGAGGCCAUGAUAAUUAAAAUUAACACUAUUCACUGAGUUCUGGAGUAGAAGUCAUAAUUUGUUAUUAAAAUUUAGGAAAGUAGCUAUGGGUAGUAAGUGAGGAACAGUGGGGGCUAGGCUGUGAAAAUAGUAUGGGAAUCUGUAUGUUGGUGGGUCAGGUGAAAAUACUUUUUUUUUUAUUUGAGAUGCUUUUUCACUCAGUAUUUCUCAAACUUUCUUUGACCACACCCCUCUAAUAACUUUGAGCGAACGUCUAGCGUCCUCAGCCGCCCCCCCCCCCCCUUCCCACCACCACAGUGAACCAUGUCUAAAAAGUUUGAGGAUCGCUGAUCUAUACGCUCAGUAGAUAGGCAUAAGGUAUUCUCCUUCACAGUGGUACUCACACGGUAAGCGGCCCAUCCAUGUGCUCUGGUUUUCUUGACCAUUAGCUCCAUUCUUUACAUAAUUUUCAUAAUAGUUUGAAAUUUGUCAGAGCAAAUUUCGAUCAUAUAACAUGAUCUGUUAAGAAACAUGUCACGUAAUAUCUUCAAAAGGAAAAAAAAAUCACAAGGUCUUUUACAAUCAUAUACAAUUUCAAUAUACCCCCCCCCCCACACUCUUCUCUCUCAUCUAUGACGAGUUGCAGCCGCCACUUUUCCACCGCCAAUUGACCGACGUCAUCUCACCGACUGCCAUUUUGCCGACUGCCAUUUCGCCGACGUUGAUGAAGAACUGUGUUUAAAAUGAUUCAAUUUGUAACAAAUGUUGAAGUUCUAAGAACUUCUAUUCAUGUAGCGUGAGAUUUUUCUUUUUUGUUUGUUUUUGUGCGUAGGUUGUUUGCUAGUUCCACAUAAUCGCCUAAGUGGAUACAUUGAUAUGGCUAUGGACUUAAGGCUUUAUUUUUUAAAUGUCAUUUUUAUUACUUUAAAACGGAGGCUCGACGAAGCUCCCCCCCCCCCCGCCAACCCAUGAAAGACCUCUUAAUCUGCAGAAAAAAUCCCUUUAAACACAAGCGCUACAGACAAAAGCCUCCAAACACAAGCGCUACAGACAAAACCUCCAAACACAAGCACUACAGAUAAAAGCCUCCAAACACAAGCACUGCAGAAAAAAGCCCCCAAACACAAGCACUACAGACAAAAGCCCCCUAAACACAAGCACUGCAGACAAAAGCCCCCUAAACACAAGCGCUACAGACAAAAGCCUCCAAACACAAGCACUACAGACAAAAGCCCCCUAAACACAAGCACUGCAGACAAAAGCCUCCAAACACAAGCACUACAGAUAAAAGCCUCCAAACACAAGCACUGCAGACAAAAGCCCCCUAAACACAAGCACUGCAGACAAAAGCCUCCAAACACAAGCACUGCAGAAAAAAGCCUCCAAACACAAGCACUGCAGACAAAAGCCUCCAAACACAAGCACUGCAGCCAAAAUCCCCCUAAACACAAGCACUGCAGACAAAAGCCUCCAAACACAAGCGCUGCAAACAAAAGCCUCCAAACACAAGCACUGCAGCCAAAAUCCCCCUAAACACAAGCGCUGCAAACAAAAGCCUCCAAACGCAAGCACUGCAGGCAAAAGCCCCUUACUUUGACUACGUUGGUUUUGGAAUGAAAUUUAUGCUUUUUAAAAAUGUUUAUCUUUUAAACUAGAGCAGCAAUUUUAAGUGAAAAAUUCAACGCUGGAAGUAUUCUUGCACGAAUGACCUGAUCACUGAUACACUGACGACUUAUCUUCUUAAUCCACAAACACAAUUCGCGAUUAACUUAUCAUUGGCGAAAUUGCGGUGGAGAAAUGGUCCCCCGUUCCCCUCCCCCCUCAAUCUCCCAUUCUCCUCCCUCUUGUAUUACAUUAGAACUAUCUGAGAUCACGCAUGCGUAAUGACAAGGUUUUAUCGCGCCCACAUGUAGAUACCCCCCCCCCCUUCCAAAAACAAACAAACAAAAAAAACAACAACAACAAAAAACGAACAAUAUUAUUCAUUUAAAGUUGUUGGGCAGCUUUGGCAGUCUUUACUAAACACGAAUCAAUUUCUACAAUUAAUUCUUAAAAUUUGAAACUCAUCUAGUUGUUGCGCUGUACUCAGCGAGAGACGUACACUUGACCAUUAUUUUUCUGUCAUCCAGUAUUUCUAAGUGAAUUAUCGUUGUACGUUUUCAUUCUGAAAAGCUUAAUCUGAACAAAGUUUAAAAAAAAAACAUAAAAAAAAAAAACACAUUAAAAAAACCACACAAAAACAACCUAACUACACGUUAUUUUGAUUUUUAAAAAAAACAACAACAUAUUGUCUCAUUUAAAAGUAGACGAAGAUGAAACAAAAGAUUAAGUAUGGUUAGGUUCGUGACGACACAAAGAUUAAGUUAAAGAUUUAAUUGUAGAUUAAAUUUUUAAUUUUUUUUUUUAAAUCUAAAGAAGAAUUAAACUUAAAUGACGCUGUUUAAAAUCCUCAGAUCUUAACAUAAUGACCUUCUCAAACUGGAAAGUCCGCCAUCUCCUGGGUGUCUUGGUCCUAAUGGCGUCAGAUAGUUUAUCCAUGCCCAUUUCUAAAGAUGACUAUUUAAAGAUGAGGUCCGAGCUGAUCAGCCAGGACGAGAAGAUGAGGAUUGGGGGAGACCUUGCGCUGUCUCCAGAUGAACUUAUUGUCAAUGGCAUCUUCAUGAAGGUACAUCACUGUUGUUGAAAGCAACCUGGUUGACUCCAGCAAUCGUUCAUGGCGUCAAAAGAUGAGAUUGGAAGUUCAAGCAAUUCGAUAACGGAUUCUGGCUUGGGGCCGAUCGAGGUAUCCAAUCGGUCCGGGCGAUUUUGAUGAGUCCGGAAUAGUUGAUCAUUUCAUGGGGGAUGUUUUCACACGCCUUAGUCACGGGGUCAAAUAUGUAUGGGGAAUGUUUUAACAUAUCUGGGUCACGGGGUCACAUGUUUAUGGGGAAUGUUUUAACAUGCCCGGGUCAAGGGGUCAAAUAUUUAUGGGAAAACAUGCCGCGUCACGGGGUCAAAUAGUUAUGCCUAAUGUUUGAACACACCCUGUUCAAGCAGUCGAAUUAAGACCAAAGUGAAUUAAAAUGAACUUGUUUGAUUAUAUUUUGUUUUUCUAAUAUCGAAAAUAAAAGUACGGUCUCUUAAAUUAUGAGGGGAAUAAAGUAGGAAAAAAACGUGAAUGAGUUUUUUAAAAAUAAUCAUGUCAUAGAAUUGAUCACAUGCGCUUGCUGAUAUUUACAUUGACCUGUUUGUAAUUUGCCAGUGUAUCAGUAAUUUCACCUCUGAAUAAUUUGUGGUUAUGUGGUUCACAGUUGGUCAUCAUAAAUCGGCAGCUAUUUUUAUUUUUUGUGGAUAAAGCUGCUCUCAAAUGACUUUUGAGCAAUUUAAUUAUCGAGAAACUUCGUUCGCAUGUAACCGGGUACAUUGGAAGAGGCAGUAUAUAAUUGUAACACGUAAAUUUAACUAAAUGUAUCAUCUGAAUAAAAAUACGCUUUUCCACUAUGAUGAUAUAGCCGCAUAAGGCACACUAAUUCUUAAAAUUACUUUUGAUGUUGUCCGCACUUUGCAGGCAAAGUUGUCCAAGACGAUAUUUUAAGGUGAGUACGCAGGUGGCUUGCCAGUUCUAUUUGUGCCUGGAAAGAAAGCUUUCCCGCACUUGGGGCACACGUUGUUUUUGGUCCUAUUUGGAUUUGAGUCGACUCUGCUUUUCCUUGUAGUCCGUUUUCUUUGGGCGUGAGCGGUGCACUUAAUCUCUGAGGAUUGCGCUCCAGGAUUGAGUCUGUCGCGCAAGCGUGUACGAUCCAUACCAAGUGUUUCCCAGGAACAGAGGCGUAGCGUGGUGGGAGCAGGGGGGGGACAGAUGUACCCGGGCGCCAGCUAGUUAGGGGCGCCAAAAUCUGCUUUGAUAUUAUUUUAUUGAUGUAAAUAAUGGGUUUGAGGGUUGAAAAAAAUAAAAAGGGGCGCUAAUCUUGUCCCCGGGCGCGAAUCUUGUCCCCGGGCGUGAAUCUUGUCCCCGGGCGCGAAUCUUGUCCCCGGGCGCCAAGCACCCUCGCUACGCCACUGCCCAGGAAUCAAGGUAAUUUUCCAUGUAAUUAGGUGAAGUUUUGAGACAGUCCUUUGAAACUUUUUUUUUAAUUGCCCACAAGCUGAGAGUGUGUAUGUUGAUAAAUUCAGCCCGUUGUAAGACCUCUGUAUCAGGAACCUUUUUCUCUGCCACUUUAUACCAAAACAUUUACGUAGACAGAGUAGGUGGCGAUGGUUUAGUUGCCUCGCAUGUCUGCCGUACACUGUCCACGUCUCGCUAGCUAAUCGGGGGAUGUUUAUACGAUUGCCGUAUAUAUACUGACAGCUUAGUGACAAGACUGAGACCCCUUCGCUUCCAGACACUACUGCGGAUCCCCCCGAGUGCAACAUUUGCUUUGUAAAUUCGGUUGUUGAUCUCAUCAUCUACUGCUACCUCCCUGGAGAGCGUGCUUCCCAAAUAUGUGAAUUUUCCCACUGCUUUGAGAUUCUGUCCCUUCUUUGAUAUCUUAGGUUCUUUGUAAGCUAGUCCAGGAGCUGGUUAUUCUUUGUUUUUUUGUUUUGUUUUGUAUUGAUGGCGAGGCUGUAGUUGAAUCAGGCCUUAGCAAAUCGAUCAAGUAUUUGGUGCCCGUUUUCGUUCCGAGUUUUCAUUUAAGGCACAGUCCUCAUCAAAGAAGAGGUCUCUCAUAGCCAUUUCUUUAACUUUCGUAAUGACUUGCAGCCUCAUAAGAUUAAAUGGCGCGUUGUAUUGUCUAGGCAUUCCGCCAUUAUUUGUCAAGAAAAACAUCACUCAGCGUUGCUGAGAAUAUCAUGCUAAAAAAUGUUGGUGCUAGAACACAGCCUAAUUUUAAGUCAUUAGUUACAAGGAAAGCUACAGACUCACCUCCAGAAUCCACCACCCUGGCCUUCAUAACAUCAUGCAGUUGACAAUUUCAAAUGCAUUUUACCGCCCCGUUUGAUCUUAAGUUAAAAAACCCCAGUUUACAAAUAUACGAACAAACCUUUUAAUUUUUUGCAAGCGGCCGGUCCGUAAAGUUGUCGGGAGAAUAUGACCGAUGACCGAUCGCCUUAUAGGUCGACACGGCCCUGGAUUCUGGUAUGAAAACAAUCAAUGCUUGUUUAAGUUCAUGUCAGUUAGGAUACCAGGUCAAGGAAUGGCUUAGGACAGGGAUCGGGAAACUUUUCUUGGCAAAGCGCCAAAUAUUAUAUUUUUGAUAAUUAAAAAAAUUAAAGAGUUAUGCCCCUUUAAAAACUGUAUAAUUUAAAAAAAAAUUCUGAUUCACAUUUAUAAUAUUUUUCUGAGGAGAGACCGAUUUUAGUUCGUUAACUGUACUGGCUACAACACACCAUAAUUAAUGACAAUUUUAACAAACAAACAAAAAACCCAACACAAACACACAAACCCCAUUAUUUCACUGGUUCAAACAGUAAGAAUUGUGGGAGUAAAUAAAGAAGAUGAAAUUUUUGGAUUUUUUGUGACAGGAAAAACGUCAGAUGAUAGAGGAAAGCCGCCAGAACCGUACCGUGUUCGUGCCAUCAACCAGCUUCUAUCAGUCAAAGAAACUCAUCGACCAGACAGCCUUGUUUCAAUUAAUUCAAAAAUUGCCCAAGGGUAAGUGAUGAUACAAUAAGAAUUGUAUUCGCGUAGUUGCUCCCUCGCAGGUCCUCAUUGGUCAACUACGCUUCGGGUCUUUAUUUGGCGUUCCUGGAGUGGGGAAUUUCGGGAGAAAAUUAAAUGGUUGACUCCUUCCCCCCCCCCCCCGUUUUUCCUCUUAACAAUUAGUUGCCCAAGGCGUGUUGCCCAACAUCCAAAAUUUUAACUUCAAUUAGAGUAGAUCGUUAAGAGUUUUUAUUUCAUGUUCCCGGUUUCCGGUUGGCAUGUCUGUUGUGGCUUGUCGAUUAGGAAGCCCCCUCGGCGUGUGCCGGGGAACAGAACUACCGGGGAUGCCUCGCGUGGGCAGACAAAGAGUGUGCUCGGUACCUGCCGUACAUAGAGCAGCUCCCACAGGGCUGCGGCUGUGAUACUUCACAGCCGGAAAAUUAGGCAGAGCCAGGGUGGGGAUCAUGAUUACAAGUUGCCGGUGACGGGUAUGAGGCCAGAGGCGAGGAUGGUAACCUCUGGCCGACAAUUAAAAAAACGCAGCCCUGAGAAAGCUGUCCCUCGGCAACCGUUUCGUCCAAGCUACAGCGCGAGCUAGUUGCGUUGUGGAAACCCACUGUGGAAUCCCUCUUAUAGGGCUCCGACGCUUUCCCGGGAUGGGUGGGGGAAGAUAUUAGGACGUACAUUUUCCAUCCCAACUCCUAAGAAAGUCGAUCGGGUGCACUAUUUAAACACAUAGUGUCGGACCGACCGCGUGCCUACUGGUUGGGGCGACCCCCAGGCGAGGCCCUGGUCGAGCGCCCAGGCACCCAGGCGGCGGAUUUGGGUGAAGGGCCCGGGUGGGGGCCGUCCUGACGAGGGGGCAUCCCCGACGUGUCGCUCCGCGGUCCGAUGCGUCGGGCCGGGGAGGGGUAUUUGGUGGGGGGGCAUAAAGAGUGCAAACUGGCCCCGCUAACGCCAUGCCUUGAUGUAAUAUUUCAAGUCCAAGAGGAUAUCUCUCUAAUCAAUUCAAAUAUGAACUUGAAGCGAAUUCCUUUGUGAAAGGGUAUUUUUUUAUCUUCACUAUUUUCGUCUCAUCUUUUACAUUCUCGACCUUAUAUCACAAACUUUUGGACCAACAGGUCAUAAAAAUCCUCCACUCCAACCGAAGCUCUCGCUAAAGGGCAGAUGCAUUUUUACAUUUAUUAAAAUCUCUAUUCUAUGUUGGAAGUAAUGUCGCUUUACUACGAUAGGUUAAAAAAAAUUCCAUUAAGUAGUAAUAUUUGCUUCCACGUAUAUGCCCAAUUUCUUUCGUCGCUUUAGGCGCAGCUCUCCACCUUCACGACCAAUCGAUGGUCAGCCUGGACUGGAUUGUGAAGAACGCCACCUACCGGGAUAAUGUGUACAUGUGUCUGGGACGUAACAACUACCUGAUGUUUAAGGUCUUCCAUGAACCUCCACAAAAUGAUGGUCUGUUCAACUGUACAUGUUGAAUUAUUGUAUGUCAUGGAUGGUAUCUUUACUGAUGGCAUUUUCAUUUCUAGCUAAAGAUGUUGAUGGUAUUGUCAUUUGUGGUAUUUCAUUGAUGGCAUGUUCAUUAAUGGUGUACUCAUUAAUGGUAUGUUGACGAAUACUAUGAUCAUUCAUUUUAUCUUCAUUAAUGUUAUGUUAAUUGAUGGUAUGCUCUAUACAUAUACCGGCACAUUCUAUUUCCCUCUACGUGUACAGUUUGUCACUGGAAGCUGGUGCAGAAAGAACGAGAGUCUUCUCAUGAUGUAGAAGCUUUUGAUUUGAAGUUAGUUCGUGAGUCCAAUAUAACACUUUCAUCAGUGGCGUAGUUAAGGUUAUUGACGCUCGGGGUGGGCCACGGUUGUUGUCACCCCUUCCAAAAAAACAAAACCAACAACAACAACAAAAAAAACAACAAAAAAACAACAACAACAACAACAACAACAACAACAACAACAACAACAACAACAACAACAAACAAACCCAACAUUCAAAGGUAACCGGAAAUACCACCACUUAAUAUCAAUGAAAAAAAAUGCUUCCCAUGAUUGAACGCUGACUGCAAACCCCCCCCCCCUUUCCCUACGCCACUGACAUUGAUUAGGCAAUCCAUAAAUUUAUGCAUUGCCCUUAAAAAGUAUUCACUUUUGUAUUCGUUUUUAAAAUAGAUGUAAUAUUACUAUAAUUAUGCCAAGAAAAGGUAUGCAAGCGUAUCUUAUAUCUCUCACUUCGAGCAGGGAUGUACUGGAUUCCGGGUUUCAGUCCAUGGUUGAUCAAAUAUAAUAUAGACGUACUUAAUCAUUGUUAAACAAAAAAUAUAUAUAUUAUUUUUUGGGGCUUUCAGUACCUUAGUUAAAUCAAAAAGCAUCACAGAUCAAAACAAGACCAACACAACCGCCCCAAAUGAAGCAGAUGGACAACCGUCACAAAUAACUCAACGUUACGCACGAUUCGUUUCGUUCUUAUCACGAAGAUAAUCGAAUGGAAGCUCCCAAAUCUUUUAAUUUUUAAUUCAACAUUUUCUUUCGAACUUUCACCGACUUUUGUCCGAAUCGUUAAGAAUUAUAUUGAUUUUUACCAUGAACCAAACCAAAUAAGCAUUUUAUUUCCCCCCUCCCCCCCCCACCCCCCUUACUUCAAAGCCUGAACAACAACCUAAGUUUAGUGGACACUGACCCGUACGACGCAUUUCCGGAUAAUCAAGCGGCUUGGCUGAAAUUCAAAAUCAACAUGUUCUUUCUAACUUUCACCGACUUUUGUCAGAAUCGUUAAAAAUUAUAUUGAUUUUUUCCAUGAACCAAACCAAAUAAGCCUUUUAUUCCCCCCCCCCCCCCCCGCCCCCCUUACUUCAAAGCCUGAACAACAACCUAAGUUUAGUGGACACUGACCCGUACGACGCAUUUCCGGAUAAUCAAGCGGCUUGGCUGAAAUUCAAAAGUGUCUUUGAUCGGGUAAGGGAGAUCAUCAAUAGUUUCCUCCAUUACAACUUGUUGUAGCGCGAAUAAAAACACCGGGCUUACCGUAGCUUAGGUGCUCUCAGAAUUGACCACGGGAUUACCUUAGGUCAAAUGCUCUCAGAGUUGACCACGGGAUUACCUUAGGUCAAAUGCUCUCAUUGCCUUAGUUUAGGUGAUAUCAGAGUUGACCUCAGGAUUACCUUAGCUCAGGUGCUAUCAGAGUAGACCUCAGGCUUACCUUAGCUUAGGUGCUCUGACAGUUGACCUCGGGAUUACCUUAGCUUAGGUGCUAUCAGAGUAGACCUCAGGCUUACCUUAGUUCAUGUGCUCCCAGAGUUGACCUCGGGGCAUAGGUGCUCUAAAAAAUGACCCAUUUUCUAAAUGUCAUUUGCCAAAUCCUUGCCGUUGUUGUUGGGACAUGCCCAUUACUUCCCACUAAGCUCCCCAUAAGCCCGAAGCUUCUGAAUUUUUUCUUCUAUUCAUUAAAAACAAAUGUUUUGUUUCUCCUGACCUUUGGCGCUGAAAGUUAACAGGCAAUGGCACAAUUUGCUGUCAUGCUCAAAAUUUUUAUCCUGAGCGUAAGGGGCAUUAGGGACAUCAACGCCGAAAUGCAAUCUGUGUUAACGUUGUGUUUACUACCAAGAUGACAACUUGGUAGCUGGAAAACAUUGAAGCUUACUCUUGCCAUGAACAAUUUUCAGGUUAACCUGCAAGGUAACUCUGCUUAAGUAACAUAAGUAAUCUUAGAUUGACCUGGUUAAAUAAACAAUAUGAGAUUGACCUGGUUACAUAAACGAUUUUUUUUGGUAAGUCUGAUGACUAAAAUUUAGAAUUGUGUGGUUUUAAUAUUUUUACAAAUGUCCAAAAAUAACCAUUUCCUAGCUCGGUCCUCUACUGAAUUAUGUCCCCAUCUACCGCGACAUGGUGUGGAGGACAUUGGAAGAGUUCAGAGAAGCGAACGUGCAGUACUUGGAGAUAAGAGGAGGCUUCACAGGGGUGAGUGUUGACAGCUGACAUGACAGAAGCGACCGUGCAGUACUUGGAGAUAAGAGGAGGCUUCACAGGGUUGAGUGUUGACAGGUGACGUGACAGUUUAGUCAAGUUGGUGGCUUCCGGAAGUUGCUGACUUGUUUUUAUAGGAACGCAGUAAAAGGAAAAAAAAAUGGAUAUCGGCCCAGACCUUUUAUUUUUAACAUGGGCUUGGUAUUUCUUAAAAUCACUUGCAUCGUUAAUGGAAAGCUUAAAAUAGAUUUUAAAAAAAAAAUGGAGCUGUGUUUUAUAUAAGACAAAAUAAAACAACAUAUCCGUGCAAAGAAAUUGUUACCAUAAAACGGUUCAACUAAUUUUCCAGUUGUACGACACCGAUGGCACGGUGCACGAUGCGAGGUACGGCGUGCAACUUAUCAAGAGCAUCAGCGAUGAUUUCGUGAAUAAAUAUCCAGAUUUUACCGGAGUCAAAAUCAUUCCGACUGGCAUAAGGUCAGUGUUGGAAUGCUGGAAAUGUUAGAGUUUAGAAAGCUUAAGGGUGAUGCUCUUUGAUUUGAUGUUUGUCUUAAGUGAAUGAAGGCUUUGAUGGGGUUAGGGCGGCCUGAGAAGUGUAAGUGGCGCUCGGGGUGGGUUAUGAUUCCCCCCCCCGGGGUGGGUUAUGAUUCCCCCCCCCCCAAUCGCCCGUCGGCUUUCACAAAUAAACUAUGCAGAUGGCCGAAUGGUUAUGAAUCCCCCCCCCCCAAUCGCCCGUCGGCUUUCACAAAUAAACUAUGCAGAUGGCCGAAAACGCCGCCAUUUCAUAAAAAGUGCCGCCUGGGUGGACCCCCCCCCCUUUUUUCCUACGUCACUGCUUGCAUUUUUUACAAAUUGUAAACUAAACCUUCUAGAAUUCGGAUUUUAACCAGUAAAUUAACAUUGCAAAAAUUAAAAUGUUCUUGAAAACACCCGAAUUCCUCGUCAUUUGCAAGUUGCGUGUGUCUAAAAUACAACAAACGGAUUUAAUAUUUAUAUGGCAUGAACAAAUUUAGAAUAAAUGCAAAUAAUUAUAUAAAUUUAAAAAAAAAUUGCAUCCAACCCCCCCCCCCCCCAAAAAAAAAAAAAAAAAAAAAAAAAAAAAAAAAAAACACCACAAAAAAAAAAAAAAAAAAAUAAAAAAAAAAAAAAAAAAAUAAAAAAAAAAAAAAAAAAAACACCCCCCCCCCCCCCCCCCCCCCCAGAAAAAAAAAAAAAAAAAAACUGCCCCAAAAAUAACAACAAUAACCAGAAGAAGACGGCAAACUUCGUAGUCCUAGUCUGCAAUAACUUUAAUCCUUUCAUUGCUACACACAUUUUUCUCAGAAACCAAAAUGUGUCUCAAAUCUUGGAGGAAGUGAAAACGACCAUGGCACUUCAUAAGGAAUUCCCGGAUGUGGUGUCGGGUUACGACCUGGCUGGAAACGAGGCUCUCUACCAACCGUUGUCCUACUACAGUGAAGCCCUGCUGUACCCUAGUCAACAGGACCCGCCCUAUCACCUGCCGUACUUUUUCCACGCCGGUGAAACCCGUGAGUUGAGUUUAGCUAAGAGGGUGUUUCCCAGCGCGGGGUGCAUGUCCGACAUUGGGUCAAUUUACGGAAUAUGGGGGGGGGGUGGGUUAGGGACGUUUGGACUCUUAGCAGAGCCCUCGCGUGACCUUUGGAGGUCCCCGUCCCACGAAACUUUUCGGCUUUGUGCCCACCCCCUGCAUUAAAAGUUGAUGGUUUAAUUAUUUUCUCGACAUCACAAAUUUUGCACCCCACCCCGCCCCCCCCCCAAAAAAAAACAACAAAACAAAACAACAACAACAAACAAACAAAACAACAACGACAACAAAAAAAAACAAAAAAACAUUCCUAUUUCUGUCCUCUCGGAUACUACAUUGCAGCUAAUUGUUUAUUUUCAUUUUCUAUUGUUUUUACUGUUGCAUGUUCGCUGAAGAAGGCCUCUUGCCGAUACGUUCGUUGUUUUGUUGCGUCCUUUUUUAUUCAGGUGUUCCCAUACUUUUUGUCGCUCAUUUCCUCCUGUCCAACCCGAUUGAAGUCUCUCCCCCCCCCUUACCCCCCAUUAAAUAUUACAAGCCCCCCCCCCCCCCCCCCCACUUUUUUGUCGGUUCACCCACAGGGGUUGAAGGGCCCACGUGACAGCUCUGCUCCUAGUGCUAGGGAUGUAUUUACAUUAAAAUUUCAAUGCGUGGUGGGGUUUUAAGUUCCAUCUUUCAGGUAAACGACCGAAUCCCCAUUUCACGAUCUUCUACCAACUCAUAGCCUAAACACGACCUGAGCAUUUUUUUUAAAAACAAUUUUGUGAGGAUGUUAGUACUGGCAAUGUCAGACUAUCGCUUCAGGUGAAUGUGGGAUAGCUGUCAGAGAAACAUUUAGUUAUGAGAUUUAUGUAACUUUUGCGAAAUCAGGAAGUUUUUAUAGGGUAUGCAAAGAGAAGGCUACAUUAAAAGGUUAUUGAACUAGAAGAAUCAGGGGCUUAGCUCUGGGAUGAGACAGUGACACAUGACCAGGGACAGAAUCUUGCUGCUGCUUUUUCUGAUCUCGUAAUUGGUUUAAGGUGGGUUUUGGUAAGUAACUGUAAUUUAUUUAAUUUUUACCCUCUAGAUGCAAAAAACGUAAGAUUAAAUUAACCAAAAGUAGCACCUCAAACACAAACGCUUUGCAGCAGACACCAUUCGACUUCAAAUUUAUUUAAAACACUUUUUAGAAUUAAAUCUUUUUCUCUAACUGACGAAGAGGACAUUACAGUUUUAAUUUCUUAUUUUACACAUUUUAAAAAAAUUCUUAAGCCAGAGGCAUAGGUGAAAUUGUUAAGGAAACAUUGCGCUAGACUGUUAUUUUCAGGGGAAUGAAAAAGGGUUUAUUUGGUUCAUAGUAAAAUGAAAGUUAUCUCCCUUAAUGGACCUUAACAGUUUGAACUUUGAGAUUCUAGGAGAAAAUGCAUUAACUGCAUGAAAGAUACAGAAAGAACAUCUUUUCAACGACCUUUAAAUUGCCAUUAAAACGAGGUCUUAAAUUGGAGGGGUCUUAAAAAAGAGGUAGGACAUUUUCGAAAGAUUACAUUUAGAAAAUUAAGUAAACAUGUAGAAUAAAUUCAAAAAAGUACAGGUAUCAUUAAGUAUAGGCACUAUCUACCAUCUUUCCUUGAGAAAAAUAGAUUCAACUCUGUCUCACGUCACGACCAAUACAGUCACUAUCUUCUUGUUCCUCAUUAUUUCCAAAAUAAAAAAAAAAACCAAUGCUGGUAAGAUAGUUGUUUAAAAGCGUUUAAAAGUGCUGAGUGCAUGCUUAGAGUUAGAACUAUUUAUGGAUAAGAUUAGCGCGGUAAUAGUGUUGUAAUUAUUUGUACGCAAUUAUUGAAUAGUUAUUUUUUGUUGGUUUAAAGAAAGCUAUUAUUGCUGUUUGUUUGCAUGGUAACACCGCCCCCCCCACCCCAACAAACACAUGUUCUUUUAAUAUGUCACUUUGAACAUCAGACAUAAUGUCGGCAAGGUCUGAAUGGCCCCGGCUCAGGGCAAAUGUGGUCAGCUCCUUGCAGUAUUUCAAGGCAGUGAAGAAUUUGAUAAGGGGGCUCUUCAUCUUUCUCAUUCUCAGUGUCAAUGAGCUGGUUAUCUACUUGGGAAGAUGAAGCCUGACUGUCGCUAAGCAACAGUGACACAGGUGGUCACUACUUCCUGGCUGCUUUAGUGCAUCGUCUGCUGUUAAAAGUUGUCAGCGAAACCGUUUUCUUCAAGCGUACAAAUAUCGCACUGUUUUGGACUUUUUCGUAGGUGCUAGGUCGUAAAAUUGAAUUCUUUGAAGGUCGCAAGUCGCGUUUUAGAGGGAGUCGUUUAAGAGAGGUCGUUUAUAUAGUACAAAGCAUUGGUGUUUUUUUUUUUCCGGUCGUAUAUUGGAGGAAGUCGUUUAAGAGAAGGUCUUUAAAACGGAGUUUUUACUGAAUUACUCCCUUGAUAAAUUGAAUAUGAAAUUCACUACAGAAAAAAAAUACUCUUCAACCUUUGGUUGUUUUGGUGACUCCAACAGUUUUAAUGUUACACAAGAAUUCAAAUGCCUGACGGUAGCAAUACAUUGUCACGUUUAUAUUCUUCUUGACAAAAAAAAUAAUAAAUAAAAAUAAUUCCUCGUUUGUUUACAGCCUGGCAGGGCACUGAGACAGGGUUUAACCUGGCAGACGCAAUUUUGCUUAAUGCCACCCGUGUUGGACACGCCUAUGCUUUGAGCAAACACCCCAAGUUUCUUCAAUUGAUUCUACAGAAGGGGAUCCCUGUGGAGGUGCAACCCAUAACAAAUCAGGUCAGUUUAAAAAAAACAAAAAAGCAAAAAAAAAAAAAAAAAACAAACAAUUAUUUGCAAAGGCGUAGGCAGGUGGAGAGGUCCAUCUAUGGCGUCCCACCUCAAUUUUGCUUAAUGCCACCCGUGUUGGACACGCCUAUGCUUUGAGCAAACACCCCAAGUUUCUUCAAUUGAUUCUACAGAAGGGGAUCACUGUGGAGGUGCAACCCAUAUCAAAUCAGGUCAGUUUAAAAAAGACAAAAAAGCAAAAAAAAAAACAACAAACAAUUAUUUGCAAAGGCGUAGGCAGGUGGAGAGGUCCGUCUAUGGCGUCCCACCAAUUUUAAAAAAAAUGUGAUUUCUACAUUUUUUGCUAUUUUCCUUCAGUUAGGAGAGGAAAAUUCACGGACCAACGCAGGGGCAUAGAAAACUUGAGCAACGCCACUGACUAGUAUUUUAUGGAAAGGUUUGAAAAAGUGGGGGAAGUUGUUUUUUUUUUUUUAUUAUUCAUUUUUGUGUGUGGGGGGUGGGUGAGGUUGGUGAGGGAAAUAAAAUAAUGAAAAUAAAAAAUGUAACUAAAUUCUUGAUGUACGGAAGAAUUAAAAUAACUUUUUAAAAACCAUGUGUUAGAUUCGCCAUGACAACACCGUCAUGGGAGCAUUAUCUCUCUUUCUCCCUGAUAGAUUUUACGCCUGCUCGACGAUUUCCGUAACCAUCCCAUGGUGUCACUGAUGGCCCAGAACCUGCCUCUGGUCAUUAGCUGCGAUGACCGUACCACCAUGGGUUUGGCACCGCUGUCCCAUGACUUCUUCGUGGCGUUCACGGCCAUGUCCAGCGAAGACGCUGACCUGACCCUAUUGAAACAACUGGCCAUCAAUUCCAUCAAGUGAGCUCAACUGUCGAUGGUUUAUUUUAGCGAAAACUGACUCGGGCAUUGCAUGGUCAAGUCACAUUUUAAUUUCUGGGUCAAGUCUACGUUGUUAAAUUUUCUCACCCCAUGAUCAUUUAUCGCCAGUGGGACAGAUUAAGACUAGCGGGAAUCGCCAAGUUCUCGAAAUCUUCCCACACCUACCCAUAUAAAUAACAACAAACAAUUAUUUGCAAACACCCAAUAUAUAUAUAUAUAUAUAUUGCAGCGAUGAUAUCAAAUUAAAGCAGCAUCAGAAGUAACUGGACAUAUAUUCCUCUCAAUACUACUAAUACUACAACAAAUAAAAUAAAGCCUCAAUUCAAGACAAGAAUGCUUCUCCUUGUUUGUCUGUUGAAGCUGGUUUCAAAACAUGUCAAUGGUAGGCACAUAGAGCAGAUAUGACAUCCAACAGCCAUGGUGGUAGGCACAUAGAGCAGCUUUGACAUCGAACGAUCAUGGUGGUAGGCACAUAGAGCAGCUUUGACAUCAAACGAUCAUGGUGGUAGGCACAUAGAGCAGCUUUGACAUCGAACGAUCAUGGUGGUAGGCACAUAGAGCAGCUUUGACAUCGAACGAUCAUGGUGGUAGGCACAUAGAGCAGCUUUGACAUCAAACGAUCAUGGUGGUAGGCACAUAGAGCAGCUUUGACAUCAAACGAUCAUGGUGGUAGGCACAUAGAGCAGCUUUGACAUCCAACGGGCAUCGUGCUAGGCACCGGGCGCACGAAAUCUUAUACCACAUGAGGGUUAUUUUCCUAAUAAAAUAAGAUUAAGCUCCAAAAGUUCAAAACAAUAAUCUCGUGGUGGAGUAUCAUACUAUUUCUGCAGCCCUUCUAAUACAAACUCAAUUGCUUCAUUUUUGUGAGCACCAACAGAUUUCCAUUUAGCAUAAUAUCUUCAAAUUGUUCAUAAUUUUACAGGUCUAUUUUUUGCCAAAUGUCUUUCAAUCUCUUAAAAUCAAUACAUUGGAACAUGAUGUCGAAACUACCCAGGAUUUGAAUAUAUCGCCACAAAGAACUUCUAGAAAAGGAUGGCUGCAUGUUAAAUAACCUGUGACAGAUGUUCUUCUGUAGUGCUAGCAACCUACAGAACUCCUGACAGCUUUUCCAUUAUUUAAAAAAUAAGAAACACCAUUAGUUAUGACAAUGAUAGGCAAUUGCUGAUUGGAUCAGAUAGCUUUAUUAAAGUGAUUCACGAUAUACCGCGAGGUAGUUGUGUAAUUAAGUUGUGAUUUAUUGCUGCACAGUCAUAUAUCUUACAGAGCAUCUACACUUCAACUACUGUUUGCUAUAUAUUUUCUUUUAGGUUCAGCAGUCUCGAUCCCGCCAAAAAGGAGAAGGCGAUGGAAUUAUGGGAGAAGAAAUGGUACGCAUACAUCGAUGACGUAAUCCGCCAAUCUGGGUUAGCGUCUUCUGCAAGGGAUCGUCGGAGUGUUGCUGCUCAAGGUCAAGGUCUUCCUAAUAAUGGAUCAACGCUCUUUCCCCCAUGGGCCUUUAUCCUUCUCCUAUUUAAUACAUUGAUAUAAUGCUAGGAACAGAG